UUCUGGAGUCAUCAGUAUGUAACCAUCAUCAUCUUACCUUGUCUUUUUUAUAUCUCUUGUCAGGUUGGUGAAGGGUUGAUAUGGUCUCAUGGAGAAACCCACAGGAGGUGCUUUUCAGCUCUUGCCCUUACGCCGGCAUUCAGUAAUGCAGCCAUUCGGAAGCUCACAUCGGUGUUUUAUGACUCCGCAUACAAGGCCAAAGGACAAUGGGAUAAUGUUAUAGAAUCAAGCAAAGAUGAUGAUGCGGUCAUCGAGGUCCGGAAUUGGUGCGUAGCUUUUCUAACUUGCAAUUUGGACACAGUUGGCAUUGCUGGUUUCUCCCAUGAUUUUGGCUUGCUCGAUGGAAAGCCUGCCAGCGUGACUGAAGUGUUUGAUACAUUUGGAAGCAACCAAAAGGCUUCAGCAGUGAAUAAAGUUUUUAUCCUGCUCGCAUCAGUAUUUCCUAUCAUUCUCAAGAUCCCCACUAAGUGGCAAAAUCUGUUCAAGAAACUUGACGUUACCAUGGGACAAAUAUCUAACGAAUUGUUGAUUCACAGCCGCCGGGAAAAGGAUGUCAGCAUAGGCGAGAGAGGCCAGGAAAAUUAUAUCAUCGGAUUGUUGAUUAAAUCUGAAGGUCAAGAUACCGAGUUCCAUAUGUCGGAGGAGGAAGUAAUAGCUCAGAUGAAGCUCUUGCUUCUCGCGGGUUAUGAGACAACAUCCAGUGAGUCGGUUUCUUGCCCACUGCUGUCAUACUGGCUGAUUCUUCAUCUACAGUUAGUCUUACGGUGA